GGAGAGGGGCGAGCAGGCGGCUUGUCAUUGCUGGUGCCCGGCGCCGGCUCGGUCCGCGCGUCCUGCGGUGCCCACGGGCCCGGCCCGGCGCCCCCCCUCCGGCCACCCCGGGGGCGCGACGCCGCCGCGCCCGCCUACAGCCGCGCCCCCCCCCACAAGCUCCGCGCCGCCCACCCCCUACCCGAGCCCCCUGCGGCCACUGCGGGGAGCCCAAGCCGUCCGCGCGGGAGCUGUCGGCGCUGCGGCGCCCCCACCCCGCCGUCUGCCGAGGAGGUCCCGGCGGAUGGGGCCGCGCGGGCCCCGAAGCGGCGCCGCCGGGCGGCGGGGGGCUGCAGGGGCUCCCCAGCUGCCCCGUUAACCCCUCGGCUGCCGCCGUCGGAGGGGGCUGGGAAGUCGCCUGGGCGCACACGUGCCGCCUCCGUCGGGGCCGCGGAGCUGCGGGGGAGAUGCGGGCAGCUGCUGGCGCCGCCUCGGGGGGCUCCGCCUCGCCCCAGCCCCCGGUGCUCUGACACCGCCCCCGCCCCGCCGCCUCCGCCGCCUCCCUCCCCGGGAGGGGCGCGGACCCCCUCGCCCCUAGCCCCGAGGCUUCGCCGCCGCGAGGGGCCCGCCUUUGGAGCUGUGUAAUCCGCUUUUUUCUUUUUUCUUUUUUUUUUUAAUUUUUGGUUGGUGGCGGCGGUGCUGGGCCCCGCCAUCCCUCGCCCGUUUCCCCCCCGCCCCGGUUCCGGGAGAUGUGCCGGGCGGGGGAACUGGGUUCGCGGAGCCGCAGGAGAGACGCGCAAGGCCGACCCCGGAGCGGCGCUGGACAGGCUGGUGGGCCAGGCCGUGGUGCCCACCUGGUGAUGCGGCGUGAGGCCCCGGGCACAGGCCACUGAGAGCCCUGAACACGCCCCCGGCCGCCGCCAUGGCCCGCCUGGCUGCCGUGCUCUGGAGUCUCUGCGUUACUGCCGUCCUGGUCACCUCAGCCACCCAAGGCCUGAGCCGGGCUGGGCUCCCGUUCGGGCUGAUGCGCCGGGAGCUGGCAUGUGAAGGAUACCCCAUUGAGCUGCGAUGCCCCGGCAGCGACGUCAUCAUGGUGGAGAACGCCAACUACGGGCGCACCGAUGACAAGAUCUGCGACGCUGACCCCUUCCAGAUGGAGAACGUGCAGUGCUACCUGCCGGACGCCUUCAAGAUCAUGUCCCAGAGGUGUAACAACCGCACCCAGUGCGUGGUGGUCGCUGGCUCCGACGCCUUUCCGGAUCCCUGUCCCGGGACCUACAAGUACCUGGAGGUGCAGUACGACUGUGUCCCCUACAUCUUCGUGUGCCCAGGGACCCUGCAGAAGGUGCUGGAGCCCACCUCGACACACGAGUCGGAGCACCAGUCUGGCGCAUGGUGCAAGGACCCACUGCAGGCGGGUGACCGCAUCUACGUCAUGCCCUGGAUCCCCUACCGCACGGACACGCUGACCGAGUACGCCUCAUGGGAGGACUACGUGGCAGCGCGCCACACCACCACCUACCGCCUGCCCAACCGCGUGGAUGGCACAGGCUUUGUGGUCUACGACGGCGCCGUCUUCUACAACAAGGAGCGCACGCGCAACAUCGUCAAGUACGAUCUGCGCACGCGCAUCAAGAGCGGGGAGACGGUCAUCAACACCGCCAAUUACCACGAUACCUCGCCCUACCGCUGGGGGGGCAAGACCGACAUCGACCUGGCCGUGGAUGAGAAUGGGCUGUGGGUCAUCUAUGCCACCGAGGGCAACAAUGGGCGGCUGGUGGUGAGCCAGCUCAACCCCUACACGCUGCGCUUCGAGGGCACGUGGGAGACCGGCUACGACAAGCGCUCCGCGUCCAACGCCUUCAUGGUGUGCGGCGUCCUCUACGUGCUGCGCUCCGUCUACGUGGACGACGACAGCGAGGCGGCCGGCAACCGCGUAGACUACGCUUUCAACACCAACGCCAACCGCGAGGAGCCCGUCAGCCUGGCCUUCCCCAACCCCUACCAGUUCGUCUCUUCUGUUGACUAUAACCCUCGCGACAACCAGCUCUAUGUCUGGAACAACUAUUUCGUGGUGCGCUAUAGCCUGGAGUUUGGGCCACCGGACCCCAGUGCUGGCCCAGCCACAUCCCCACCCCUCAGCACUACCACCACAGCCCGGCCCACACCCCUGACCAGCACGGCCUCACCCGCAGCCACCACCCCGCUCCGCCGGGCACCCCUCACCACGCACCCUGUGGGUGCCAUCAACCAGCUGGGACCUGACCUACCUCCAGCCACUGCCCCGGCCCCCAGCACCCGGCGGCCCCCUGCCCCCAAUCUGCACGUGUCCCCAGAACUCUUCUGUGAACCUCGAGAGGUGCGGCGGGUCCAGUGGCCAGCCACCCAGCAGGGCAUGCUGGUGGAGAGGCCCUGCCCCAAGGGGACUCGAGGAAUUGCCUCCUUCCAGUGUCUACCAGCCCUGGGGCUCUGGAACCCCCGGGGCCCUGACCUCAGCAACUGCACCUCCCCCUGGGUCAACCAGGUGGCCCAGAAGAUCAAGAGUGGGGAGAAUGCAGCCAACAUUGCCAGCGAGUUGGCCCGCCACACCCGGGGCUCCAUCUAUGCGGGUGAUGUGUCCUCCUCUGUGAAGCUGAUGGAGCAACUGCUGGACAUCCUGGACGCCCAGCUGCAGGCCCUGCGGCCCAUUGAGCGCGAGUCGGCCGGCAAGAACUACAACAAGAUGCACAAGCGGGAGAGAACCUGCAAGGACUACAUCAAGGCUGUGGUGGAGACAGUGGACAACCUGCUGCGGCCGGAGGCUCUUGAGUCCUGGAAGGACAUGAAUGCCACCGAGCAGGUGCACACGGCUACCAUGCUCCUGGACGUCCUAGAGGAGGGCGCCUUCCUGCUGGCAGACAAUGUCAGGGAGCCUGCCCGCUUCCUGGCCGCCAAGCAGAAUGUUGUCCUAGAGGUCACAGUCCUGAACACCGAGGGCCAAGUGCAGGAGCUGGUGUUCCCCCAGGAGUACCCGAGCGAGAACUCGAUCCAGCUGUCCGCCAACACCAUCAAGCAGAACAGCCGCAAUGGGGUGGUCAAAGUCGUCUUCAUUCUCUACAACAACCUGGGCCUCUUCCUGUCCACUGAGAAUGCCACGGUGAAGCUGGCAGGUGAAGCGGGCCCGGGGGGUCCGGGGGGCGCCUCCCUGGUGGUGAACUCGCAGGUCAUCGCAGCGUCCAUCAACAAGGAGUCCAGCCGAGUCUUCCUCAUGGACCCUGUCAUCUUCACUGUGGCCCACCUGGAGGCCAAGAACCACUUCAAUGCUAACUGCUCCUUCUGGAACUACUCGGAGCGUUCCAUGCUGGGCUACUGGUCAACCCAGGGCUGCCGCCUGGUGGAGUCCAACAAGACCCAUACCACGUGUGCCUGCAGCCACCUCACCAACUUUGCCGUGCUCAUGGCUCACCGCGAGAUCUACCAGGGCCGCAUCAACGAGCUGCUGCUGUCGGUCAUCACCUGGGUGGGCAUCGUCAUCUCCCUGGUCUGCCUGGCUAUCUGUAUCUCCACCUUCUGCUUCCUCCGGGGGCUGCAGACAGACCGAAACACCAUCCACAAGAACCUGUGCAUCAACCUCUUCCUGGCUGAGCUGCUCUUCCUGGUUGGGAUAGACAAGACCCAGUAUGAGAUUGCCUGCCCCAUCUUCGCUGGCUUGCUGCACUACUUCUUCCUGGCUGCCUUCUCCUGGCUGUGCCUGGAGGGCGUACACCUCUAUCUACUGCUGGUGGAGGUGUUUGAGAGCGAGUACUCCCGCACCAAAUACUACUACCUGGGUGGUUACUGCUUCCCAGCCCUGGUGGUGGGCAUCGCAGCUGCCAUCGACUACCGCAGCUACGGCACCGAGAAGGCCUGCUGGCUCCGAGUGGACAAUUACUUCAUUUGGAGCUUCAUUGGGCCCGUCUCCUUUGUGAUCGUGGUGAACCUGGUGUUCCUUAUGGUGACUCUGCACAAGAUGAUCCGGAGCUCGUCCGUGCUCAAGCCUGACUCCAGUCGCCUCGACAACAUUAAAUCCUGGGCCCUGGGGGCCAUCGCGCUGCUCUUCCUGCUGGGCCUCACCUGGGCUUUCGGCCUCCUCUUCAUCAACAAGGAAUCGGUGGUCAUGGCCUAUCUCUUCACCACCUUCAACGCCUUCCAGGGGGUCUUCAUCUUCGUCUUUCACUGCGCCUUACAGAAGAAGGUGCAUAAGGAGUACAGCAAGUGCCUGCGUCACUCCUACUGCUGCAUCCGCUCCCCGCCCGGGGGCACUCACGGCUCACUCAAAACCUCAGCUAUGCGGAGCAACACCCGCUACUACACGGGGACCCAGAGCCGAAUCCGGAGGAUGUGGAACGACACCGUGAGGAAACAGACGGAAUCCUCUUUCAUGGCGGGCGACAUCAACAGCACACCCACCCUGAACCGAGGUACCAUGGGGAACCAUCUGCUGACCAACCCUGUGCUGCAGCCCCGUGGGGGCACCAGCCCCUACAACACUCUCAUUGCUGAGUCAGUGGGCUUCAAUCCCUCCUCGCCCCCUGUCUUCAACUCCCCAGGGAGCUACCGAGAACCCAAGCACCCCUUGGGAGGCCGGGAAGCCUGCGGCAUGGACACACUGCCCCUCAACGGCAACUUCAACAACAGUUACUCCUUGCGAAGCGGGGAUUUUCCUCCAGGGGAUGGGGCCCCUGAGCCACCUCGAGGCCGGAACCUGGCCGACGCCGCUGCCUUCGAGAAGAUGAUCAUCUCGGAGCUGGUGCACAACAACCUGCGGGGCGGCAGCAGUGGAGCCAAGGGCCCUCCACCGCCUGAGCCCCCUGUGCCACCCGUGCCAGGGGGCAGCGGUGAGGAAGAGGCGGGCGGGCCCGGGGGUGCUGACCGGGCAGAGAUCGAACUUCUCUACAAGGCCCUGGAGGAGCCACUGCUGCUGCCCCGGGCCCAGUCGGUGCUGUACCAGAGCGAUCUGGACGAGUCAGAGAGCUGCACGGCGGAGGAUGGGGCUACCAGCCGGCCCCUUUCCUCCCCUCCGGGCCGGGACUCCCUCUAUGCCAGCGGGGCCAACCUGCGGGACUCGCCCUCCUACCCGGACAGCAGCCCCGAGGGGCCCAGUGAGGCCCUGCCCCCACCCCCACCUGCACCCCCUGGCCCCCCCGAAAUCUAUUACACCUCGCGCCCACCGGCCCUGGUGGCCCGGAACCCCCUGCAGGGCUACUACCAGGUGCGGCGGCCCAGCCACGAGGGCUACCUGGCGGCCCCAGGCCUCGAGGGGCCAGGGCCCGAUGGGGAUGGGCAAAUGCAACUGGUUACCAGUCUCUGAGGGACCUCACGGACCAGGGGCUGGUGGCCCGGGCCAGGGCGUGAACCCUGGGCGGGGCUCUGGUGGGAGAGGGAGACUGACGGAGACAGUGGCUGAUGGGCCACUCUCUCCAGGCGCCCCUUGGCCAUGGGCCCUCCAGGCCCCUUAGGGGCUCUAGUGUGGGGGCCUGAGGUGCAGGGUUCACAGACAGGGUUUCCCACCAGCCAUGUGCACCAGCUCGGUUUGGGGGGAAGUGCAGUGAGGAACCAAGAGGUCCCCAGUGGAGUGAGAAAGGAGAAAUUGGAAGGGUGCAGCCCACUCUUGACUUCCCCCUCCCCCCUACUCGUCCUACUCCCUGGAGGGAAAUGAGGGCUCCGCUUUCCUAGGGCCAAAGGCCCAGCUGGAUGGAACCUGUCAGCUGCUCCUCUCUUUGCAGCCAGAAGUGCUGCCGGUUGCACCAAGAUGGAGCAGUGGGGGGCAGGACAGAUGGACAGGUUCCUCUGCGCUAUAGUUCCCUGCUCCACGGAGACUGGGGCCUCUGGCUGGGGAGAGAGCCCUAGAGGGGAGAAAGCCCCAGGGCAAGAGGAAUGGGUGGUUGUGGCUGGUGGUUUAAAGGUGGAACUUUCUCCGAAGCUCCUUUUCUCUGCUCUUUAUCCCUGCCUUCCCAGCAAGCCUGCCCCCUCAGCCCUCCUUGAGUGCACCCAAUGACCCCCUCCCUUGGGGCGACUCCUGAUGAAGCACAACUCCCCGCAGGGCCCCCAGCCCACAGGGGUGGCCAUAUUUGAGCAGUUCCCAGUCCUGUGGGCUCGGCUAUCUGGGGAGCAGAUUUUGGGUCUGGAUCUCCCUGGGGAGUGGGUCCUGGGCUUGGAUCUUUCCCUAGGGGGCCCUCUUACCCCUUCCUCUUCUCUCCUCCUCCUCCCCCAUUGCUGUAAAUAUUUCAAUGAAAUGGAAAAGAAAAAAAAAAGACAAAAAAAAAAAAAAGAAAGAAAGAAAGAAAAUCUCAUCACUUGAAGCCACCGGGAGCCUGCGGCCUGGCCAGCUCGGGAUUUCUCCAGAGCAGAGCUGCGCCGCCGGGCCCUGGCAGCCAGGACUUCUCCGUGUAUGUGUGCAUCCCCAGCCAGGUGGGCGGGCUGCCAGAGCAGCUUUUUACAAUCCAGAGACAGAAAACAAAAUCUAGAAGCAACAUCGAAACAAAGAACCCGUUUCCUUCCUGGCACCCAGCACCCAUUUCUGUCGCCUCCUUCCCUGCUCUGCCUCUCCCUGGCAUCAGUCAGCCCUCCUGGGGCGUGUACCUCACUGCCUGCCCCAGGACUUGGGGCCUGUCUCCCCAUCCCCUCCCCACUGGCCCGGGGGAGGCACCCUAACACCCAAAGAUGCUUUUGCCAAGGUGGCUGCGCUGUCCCUUUGAGUUCCUGCUUCUUGUAUAUUGCUUCUGGGACUCGGGGCCUGGGAAGAAGGGGCUGAUUUCCUGCCUAGAGGGGUUGACAGGGGAAGGAAGAUGAGGGCAGCAGGGUUUGACUGUGGUGGGUAUGACUGAGAAGGGAGGUCUGGGAGUGGUGAAGUUGUUU